AUUUAACAAUAAAUAAAAUAGAUAAAGAUAAACGGUCCCUUAGCAACAACAGCCACAAGCUUGUAAAUAGAGAUAAAGGAAAUCCAGUUUCCCAACCUGUCUGGGACUCCAUAUCCGAAUUUUCUACCCACCGGCGUUGUUUCUUACACCUGAAAGCCAGUCAUACCAGCAACGCUAUUUCCUUCAACACCAACACUUUUUUUCUUCUUCCUGUGGGCAGCUUUAGAGCUGAUUCAGUGAAAAGAUUGGGAAGUUUCUGAAAGCAAUAGGUGCAGUUGACACUGUUAAGAAUCAUUGGUAUGAUAGGAACUAAUUAUUAUAUAUAGUGGAAGGUACAUACAUACAUAAUGGCUACUGCAGCAGUUAUUGGACUCAGUGGAGGAAAGAGACUAUUGAGUUCAUCUUACCAUUACUCAGAUGUUAUAGAAAAGUUUUAUCAUGGUUGUGACUUUGGAUCCUCACAGUAUCACCUUCCUCCUUCAAAAUCUGUAAUACUUUCAAAGAAGUCAUCAAAAUGUGCUCCAACGUUUCCAGCAUAUGACAGGCAGAAUCAUUCCAUCAAAGCUCUUAAGGAGCAUGCUGUUGUUGUUGAUGACGCGCCUGCUAUUGCUAAUUCAGAACCAUGGUUUCAGGGAGGCUGCAAUUCUAAUAGUGACUUAGAGUUAGAGUUGGAAACCUCCGAUAUCAAUUGUUAUUCUGUCGAUGAUAGAAAACAAUCGUUAGCAGAAUCAUUUAGUCUGCAUUUGCUACUUACUUGUGCUGUUGUUUUCAUGAACAAAGAGAUUGAGAGGUUUCUGAAAGCAAUAGCUGCAUUUGACACAGUUAAGAAUCAUUGGUAUGAUAGGAAUUGA